GCGUAGGCUUAUGUAAUCCCUUGUUCUUGCUUGUUGCUUUGGAUGUACACGAGAGUUUUUCGCUUUUUUCCGCAAUUUUCGCAUAAAAUGAGUGCACUGCAGCGUGUUAUUGCUAAUAACGAAUUGGCAGAGAAUCUCAUAUCAUCCCUGAAGACUGAAAUUACUGCGAUUCGUGGGAUGAAGAUUGAGGAGAGGAAGAGGCAGCUCAGAGAGGAAAAUGCUCGGCUUCGGGUUGAAAUUGAAAAGGCCAAGGCUAAGUUGAUCCAAUUGGAAUGUUCAAAUGGAAAGACACAAAUCCCGAUCCCUGGAGAACAAAAACGGGAAGUUGCAGGUGUAAAAGCUGAAAAGAACCAAGUGAUGGCCGAUCGGGGUGAGAGUGAUGCUCAAAAGCCGCCGGCAGAAAAGAAGCCCAAGAAGGAAAAACCAAAGGCUGCGGCACAGCCUACUCAGGAAGCUCCAGUUGAUGUGGGACGGUUGGAUUUCCGUGUUGGGAAGAUUAUUGAAGUGGCUCGUCAUCCGGACGCUGACAGUUUGUAUGUGGAGAAGAUUGAGUGUGGAGAGGCUCAACCGCGUACAGUGGUGUCUGGCCUGGUGAAAUUUGUGCCCCUGGAGGAAAUGCAGGAUCGCAUGGUGGUGAUACUGUGCAAUCUCAAGCCGGCUAAGAUGAGGGGUGUUACAUCUGAGGCAAUGGUCAUGUGUGCCUCAUCUCCUGACAAGGUUGAGAUUCUGAUACCCCCGGAGGGAGCAGUACCUGGUGACUUAGUUCACUGUGCAGGAUUUGAGAGGCAGCCGGAUGCUCAACUCAAUCCCAAGAAGAAAAUCUUCGAGACUUGUGCUCCGGAUCUCAAAACAAAUGAAUCCAUGGUGGCGUGUUUCCGUGACUCACCGCUAGAGGUUGCUGGCAAGGGUGUGGUUCGUGCCCCGACUCUCAAAAAUGUUACUGUGAAAUAAGGCGGGAAAUGCAAAAGAAAAUAGUUGUCCUUGAUUUUUUUUUGGAAAUAAACAAUAAAUCCUGAAGUUACAGAA